CGAAUAGAACGAUGGGUUUCGUCUAAAAACAAAUAAUUGAUAAUUAUUAAAGUUGCUGUCUUUUACUAUGUACAGACGUUUAGCAUAUAUAUUUCACAUCAGGAUAAAAUAAACACAAACUGUCAAACAACUAUUCACACUGAUUACACGAGUUUAUGGUGUGUUUGCUGCCUGUAUUCUCGAUGUUAUGACGACUUCAACAGAUGAUCUCAAGGGUAGUCCACUGAAGAGCAAUCGCGUACUGUGAAAGUUGUCGUCUGCCGAAAAUACCACCACUGAUUUCAACAACUCGAAAAGAUGAGUCUUCCUUCUUAUGUGGUACCGCUGAGCCUUGCUGGUACUGUUGCAGGCAGCAUUGUUCUUCUUAAAGAUUACAUGUCUGGGGGAAGGUUCAAUGGCAAGGAGCGGAUUCCUGGUAAAACAGUGAUUAUCACAGGUGCCAACACUGGCAUAGGAAAAGAAACUGCAAAAGAGCUGGCACGCAGAGGUGGGAGAGUUAUUCUUGCAUGCAGAGAUUUGGAGAAGGCUGAACAAGCUCGAGCAGAAAUUGUAUUGGAAACAGCAAACCGCAGUGUUGUUGUCAAGAAACUGGAUUUGGCAUCUAUGGGAUCCAUCAGAGCUUUUGCAAAAGACAUCAUUGCAAAUGAGCCACAUAUUGACAUACUUAUCAACAAUGCUGGCAUCAUGCGCUGUCCCAAAAUGCUGACUGAAGAUGGAUUUGAAAUGCAGCUGGGUGUCAAUCAUCUUGGUCAUUUCUUGCUGACCAUGUUGCUGCUGAACAAGCUCAAGUCUUCUGCUCCAAGCCGGAUCAUCAAUGUGUCCAGUCUUGCCCACACCAGAGGAGCUAUAAAUUUUGAUGAUCUUAACAGUGCAAAGUCUUAUGACCCUGGUCAAGCCUAUGCACAAAGCAAAUUGGCUAAUGUACUUUUUACACGAGAACUAGCAAAGAGGCUAGAAAAUACCAAUGUGACAGUGAAUGCCCUACAUCCAGGUGUUGUCAAAACUGAGCUUGGUCGCCAUCUUCCCAUUGCCAAGUCCUACAUUUCCAGUUUUCUUUUAAAACCAAUAAUGUGGUUGCUGCUGAAAACACCAUCUCAAGGGGCACAAACCACCCUCUAUUGUGCACUAACAGCAGAACUAGAUGGGGUAACAGGAAAAUAUUUCAGUGACUGCAGAGAGAAGGAUGUAGCUCCAGCUGCCAAGGAUGAUAAAGCAGCCAAACGACUGUGGGCUAUAAGUGAACAUUGGACACAUGUGGUCUCUGAAACAUCUGAGAACAUGUAACAGGAAGCAAACACAUUUUGACAGAUGGCAAACUUUCUUUUGAAAACAUUUUGAUGAUAUAGACCUCAAAUAAAAUAAAGACAAACAACAGUGAGCAUUGAAUUCAGUGAGCGGACCUGUAUAGUUUUUAUCUGGACUGUGACAAUCAUCAUAGUAUUUGAGUAUGUGACUGCAUCUUGUGACCGUAGCAUAUCAAAGCUUAAUAAUAAAGACUUACUCUUUGUCA